CCGCCCGGGCCGGCCUCGCGCCGCGCUGCGCCCGCUCCCCAAAUACAUCUUGGCGGCGCCGGGGAGCGCAGCGGAGCCGUGCCCGGAGCCCUCCGCGGGGCCGCGGGCAGCCCUCGCGCCAUGGGGCACGCAUUUGUUCCUGAGAUGAUUUAUAGCUACCAAUAAUCCUCCACAGUGGUUGCUUCAUCAAAUAUUCUGGCAUCUUCUUCUCUUGUUAGUAAACAGAAGAGUACUAUUAAAUACCAAGCCAAGUACUCUUACCCUCAAUAGAGAGACAGUACAGCAUGUUCUGUACAAAACUGAAAGACUUGAAGAUCACGGGGGAAUGUCCUUUCUCCUUACUGACUCAAAGUCGUAUUGCUGAUGAACAUGAGAAGGGCUGCACAGAAAACAGCUCUAGAGCAGCUCUGCCCAUCUGCAAAGAAGUCCACGAAAAAGACACUCAAGGGAACCUUCCACAAAGGAAAACAAGCAGAAGUAGAGUGUACCUGCACACAUUAACUGAAAGCAUCUGCAAACUAAUAUUUCCUGAGUUCGAAAGACUAAAUCUUGCACUUCAGAGAACGUUAGCAAAGCACAGGAUAAAAGAAACCAGAAAAACUGGCGAUAGAGAAGAUUUUGAAAAAAUAAUCAGUGAUCAUGCUAUUGCAGCAGGUAUUCCUGUGGAGUCUCUACGAGAAUCUCUUGGUGAAGAGCUAUUCAAAAUAUGCUAUGAAGAGGAUGAACACAUAUUGGGGGUUAUUGGAGGAACCCUUAAGGACUUCUUGAACAGUUUCACUACUCUGCUGAAGCAGAGUAGCCACAGUCAGGAAGCAGGAAAAAAGGACAGACUUGAAGAAGUUUCCAUAUUAUGCCUGGAGAAAGAUCAGGACUUCUUAAACGUGUAUUAUUUCUUUCCCAAGAAAAUCACAAGUCUUAUUCUAUCUGGCAUUAUUAAAGCAGCAGCUCAUAUUUUGUAUGAAACUGAGGUGGAAGUCAUGCUCAUGCCUCCUUGUUUCCAUAAUGACUGCACUGAGUUUGUUAAUCAGCCCUAUUUGCUGUACUCUAUCCAAGUCAAAAGUGCAAAACCUUCUUUAUCUCCAUGUAAACCGCAGUCUUCACUUGUGAUUCCUGCCUCUGUGUUCUGCAAGAUUUUCCCGUUUCAUUUUAUGUUUGACAAGGAUAUGUCUGUUCUACAAGUUGGAAAUGGGAUAAGAAGACUUUUGACCAGAAGAGAAUUUCAAGCUAAGCCUAAUUUUGAAGAAUAUUUUGAAAUUCUUACCCCUAAAAUAAGCUGCACAUUUAGUGGAAUAAUGACAAUGUUAAAUAUGCAGUUUACAGUACGAGUGAGAAGAUGGGAUAAUACUGAUCUGAAAUCAUCUAUGGUAAUGGAUCUCAAAGGCCAAAUGAUCUAUAUUCUUGAAUCCAGUGCAAUCCUAUUCUUGGGAUCUCCAUGUGUGGAUAGGCUAGAAGAUUUUACAGGACGUGGAUUAUAUCUUUCAGAUAUUCCUAUUCACAAUGCACUGAGAGAUGUUGUUCUGAUUGGAGAGCAAGCCAGAGCUCAGGAUGGGCUGAAGAAGAGGUUAGGAAAGCUGAAAGCAACCCUUGAACAGGCCCAUCAAGCUCUUGAAGAGGAAAAGAAGAAGACCGUAGAUCUUCUGUUUUCUAUUUUUCCUGGAGAAGUUGCUCAGCAGCUGUGGCAAGGACAAGUGGUGCAAGCCAAGAAGUUUAAUAAUGUCACAAUGCUUUUCUCUGACAUUGUUGGAUUCACUGCCAUCUGUUCCCAGUGCUCACCUAUGCAGGUUAUAACCAUGCUUAAUGAGCUUUACACUCGCUUUGAUUACCAAUGUGGAGAGUUAGAUGUCUACAAGGUUGAAACUAUUGGAGAUGCCUACUGCGUUGCUGGAGGUUUACACAAAGAAAGCGAAACCCAUGCUGUCCAAAUAGCAUUGAUGGCCCUGAAGAUGAUGGAGCUGUCAGAUGAGGUGGUGUCUCCCCAUGGGGAGCCUAUCAAGAUGCGCAUUGGCCUUCAUUCUGGAUCUGUUUUUGCUGGAGUUGUUGGAGUUAAAAUGCCUCGUUAUUGUCUCUUUGGAAAUAAUGUAACCCUUGCCAACAAGUUUGAAUCUUGCAGCGUACCUCGAAAAAUAAAUGUCAGCCCAACAACUUACAGAUUAUUAAAGGAAUAUCCAGGUUUUGUAUUUACACCACGCUCAAGAGAAGAACUUCCUCCAAAUUUUCCCAGUGAUAUCCCUGGAAUUUGCUAUUUUCUGGAUGCUUAUAAUCAAGGAACAAGCUCACAGACUUGGUUUCCAAAGGAAGAUCUGGGAGAUGGCAAUGCCAAUUUUUUGGGUGAGGAAACAGGAAUAGACUAAAUCAUCUACUACAUUCACAAGCACAUAGAAUAAAUGUAUAAAUAUUCUGGGUUUUUGUUUUUUUUUUUUGUAUAAAUUGAAAAUUUUAAAAAAUAUAUGAAACAUGAAAGCACUUUAGAUUGAGAACACCUGAAAGCCAGUAUUAAAAUUUCAGGUAGUAUGUAACUGACUCCUUUAUGUUUUUCCUUUGUACAAGGAAUGUAGUCAUAAAAUAAUAUUGCAACUUCACUGUUUAAAAUGCCACUAAAACGUACAUGUUCCCUGUGAUAAUUUGUGAGUGCUACGUAGCAACCCUCUCAGUUCUUUCUGCACUGAGAAUUCUAGGUGUAUUGUAUAUGCAGCGUGUCAGGAAGUGUAAUGUGCAAGUGAUGCAGCCACAUGCAGUGUUGUGAGCUGGUGCUUAUCAAUGACCGUUAAAAAUUUAUUUUAUUAGUGAUUCCAUAAGAAAAGUUGUCUUAAAAAUAUCAUCACUGGUACCACAUACUCCUUCAAGAACAUCCUUUUGGCUCCAUCCGUACAGCUGCUGACCAUCUUCUAACACUUGCUGAAGUCAAUGUGUUGAGUGUGCUCAGCAUCUUCUGGAUAGGGCUGCAAAUUGUAGCUAAUACACAUAUAUAUAUAUAUAAGAGUUUCCUGCUUACUGUUUCCUGAACUUUCUUCUGUGUAUAAAAUGAAUAUAGAUUCUGUAUAAUCACUGUAUAAUCACAUCCUGAAGUUUCUGUAAUCAUCAAACAGUAUUUUAGUUCUUGGGGUUUUUAAAACACUUUAUAAAAAAUAAUAUCAACUUGCUAUUAUGUAUUAGAGCAAUAAAUG